AUGGAAUUGGCUUUCAGACACAAAGACAUUGCGGAAGUCUUCUUUGACCUCGGCCAAGACAUCAAGAAGUUAGGCAUCAAAGGUACCACAGUCUCCAGCACCGAGAUCUCGACCAUCAAACUCUCUCCAAGCAACACAGUCAACACCGAGACCGAGUCAACUCAUAACAGCGGUCCUAGCACCCUCGCAGCAACCGUUCCUCUUUUUUCUUCUCGUGCUUGUGGAGACACGUCUCAGAAGCCCAGCUUUCUCACCAUUCCACCCGAACUCCGUCUCCCGAUCUACGAGCUCCUCCUCGUCAGCCGCGAUGACAACGGAGACAUCUCGCCCGUGAACCUGGACGUCGGCGUGCAGAUACUUGCAAAUAGGUAUAUCCAAGCAGCCAUCGUGCGAACCUGCAAGCAGGUCUACUGCGAGGCAGUCCCAAUCCUGUAUGGCGCAAAUGCCUUCAGCACCAUGACCGUGACCCCCAUCACCCGCAUCGGCGCCGCAAACUUCGAAAUGAUCCGCGACCUAGACAUCUCGAUUGAAAGCGGCUUCAGCCUUGAUUUCUUGAUGCAGCUUCUUAGUACCUUGUCCACCGACGCAAAGGCUCUCAGGAAGUUCUCCAUCACAUGGGAAGCCCGGGAGUUUUGCGCAGGCAGUGCUUCUAGGGGUCUAGGCGAUAAUCUGGAAGUCGUGCGUGCGCUGGCUAAGAUCAAGCAGCUGGACAAGCUGCUCAUCUCUGGAUACUACGCGAAACCUUGGCUGGCGUACCUGCGUCGGGAGAUGGGGCCGGCUGGGGUUGAGGUCUUUGAGGAGCCUGGUGAUCUUCCGCCUGUUUUCAUCAUUGAGAUGAUCAUGAAGGAGUUCGGCCGCGAAGAGGGGAAGUACAAGCUGGAGGAGUUCCAGAAGUGUGAAUUGCACAAUUUCAGGGAGUGGCAGAAGGGCACUGAGGACUUGUUGCCCUGA